AUGCUAGACGGAAGCGAUGUCAUUGGAGCCAGAGUAGAUGUUGAUGGUCAGCUUGGCACAAUUCGCUUCCACGGAGCCAUACCAUCAACAUCUGGAACAUCAUCAACCAUUUGGUAUGGCAUAGAAUGGGACGAUCCAUCUCGCGGAAAGCACUCUGGAAACCAUAACGGCAUACAAUAUUUCACAACUACGAGCCCGAACUCGGCAUCAUUCAUAAAACCAUCGCCCAAAAUCAAGUUUGGUCGCCCCUUCCUCGAAGCAGUUACAUCCAAGUACAUUAUAGAUGAGACCAACAUUGAGAUGGGUGGAUGGGGUGGCAAGACGGUUGAAGCUAUUGGAUUCGAUAAAGUGAAGCGCAAGAUGAAGACUUUGGGGCAUUUGCAUGAGAUUAAUGUUGCUGCGCUGCAGAUAUGUAGGGUGAAUGGUGGUGGCGAUACCGCUGAAUCGCUUGAUAUGAUACGAGAAGCAUGUGUGAGUCUUGAAGAGCUGGAUUUGUCACGGAAUUUGUUUAAGGGUGUGUCGGAUGUGGGGUACUUGACGCAGUGUAUGCCUAAACUGGAGAUUCUGAGGCUGGGGUAUUGUAGACUGGAACUGGAUUUAGAUAGGAUACCGAAUAGUGCGUUUGGAAAUAUUAAGGUGCUCGUUUUGAAUGGAAUUAAUUGGGGGUGGAAGGAUGUUGUGUCAAUGGGUCCGUAUCUGCCAUGUUUGGAGGACUUGUCGUUUGGAUUUCAGGAUGGAAUGUGCGCUACCCUCGGUGGCAGUAAUUUUAGCAACGGCCGUCAUGGUUUCUUUCCAACUCUACGAAGCCUGAAUCUGGAAUCUAAUGGAAUACACGACUGGCAGGAUGUAUCCGCCUCGCUCUCACAGAUACCAAACCUCGAAUCUCUAGUAUUAACCAAUAAUCCCAUCGAGAAUAUAAUUAUACACCCAGACACAUUCAAGACACUCAAAUCCAUAACGCUGUCAGCCACAACUAUAUCAUCAUGGAAAUCACUCGACACUCUAAACACGCUACCGAAUCUAGUAGACCUACGUAUCCGUCGAAUCCCAUUACUGGACUCCGUAAAACAAUACGUCCAACGAACCAUGUUAAUAGCACGCAUAUCUAGUCUCACCGUACUCAACGGAUCAGCCAUCUCAUCCAAAGAACGUAAAGAAGCUGAAUUGUAUUACGUCAAUCAAGUAUGUCUUUCCGAUAUGCAAGACCCGAGCUUUAACGACUUGCAUCCUCGCUAUGAGGUCUUGAUCAAAGAGUAUGAUAUAACAAGACCGAAUCCAGCAACUAUUAAGCCUGCCUCGUCAACACUUAAAGAUCGAUUGAUUCAAGUGAAAUUGGUGAAUAUGACUAAUAGUAAAGCAGUUGAGAAACGAAUACCGGGGACUAUGAUGAUGCGGAAUUUUAGGUCUUUGGUUGCUAAGGUUGUUGGAUGUGCGUUGAUGAGUAUGACGUUGAAGGUUGUUGGGCAGGAUGGACGGGUUGUUGAUAUGGAUGAUGAGUUGAGGGAGGUGGCGUUUUAUGGGGUGGAGAAUGGGGAUACGAUUCAAGUAGGUGUGGUGUAA